AUGGCUCACAUCGACUUACCCUCGCCUCCUUUCAUACAUGUCCCAGGUCUCGCCAACCUACGAGAUGCCGGGGGUUAUGCCAUCGAAGGCCAACCGGGCAAGGCCAUCAGGCGCGGCGUGCUCUACCGCUCCGCCGACCUGACCAAGCUCGAGGACGAGGGCGUCGCCGUACUGCGGCCACUGGGCAUCACCCACGUAUUCGAUCUUCGGUCAGUCCCCGAGCUUGCAAAGAGCGGCAACCACCCGCCGAAGACCUGGGAGGGCGCCGCCCGGGUGUUUGUGCCCGUCUUCUUGGACAAGGACUAUAGCCCCGAGGCUUUAGCGACGCGCUUCCGGGACUAUAGUGACGGGGCCAAGGGUUUUGUAAACGCCUACGCCACGAUCCUCGACUCCGCUGCCGAUCCGGACCAUCCACACUCGCCCUUCCGCACCGUUCUCGAGCACAUCGCUUCGUCGGCGGCGCCCUCCCCGCUACUGGUGCACUGCACCGCCGGCAAGGACACACUCAUCCUCUCGCUCUGCGGUCUCGACGACGCCACCAUCGCCCAGGAGUACAGCCUGACCGACCUCGGCCUGGCGCCGCGCAAGGAGGAGAUCGUGCAGCACCUGAUUCGUGGGGAGGCGCUGUUUGGGGACCGGAAGCGCGCCGAGAGGAUGGUGAGCGCGCGCCAUCGCAGGAGUGAAUACAUGCUCGGCACGCUGGCCAUGAUCCGCGAGCGGUACGGGUCCGUGGAGAGCUACGUCGUCGACCGCCUCGGCGUGUCCCCCGAAAGUGUCGAGCAAAUCCGGCGGAACCUAGUCGUCGAUCUGGCCGAGGGGGAGGAGUCGCUGGAUUGGAGGAGCCACGCCGCCGGGCUAGCGGCUCAACCCCGGCCUUAG